AUGAAGAGGGAAAUUACACCAUCACUCCACGUUUGCAGAUUGGUCUUCCCCAAGUCCGCAUUUGUGCAAACUAACCUUUUUUUUUUUAACUUCAUAGAUUUCGAAGAUGAUGAUGUGUAUGGCCAGUCCGUAGAAGAUGAUUAUUGCAUUUCUCCUUCUACAGCAGCUCAGUUUAUCUACUCAAGACGAGACAAACCAGCAACGUUUGCUGAGCCAUUGGAAGAGGAAUAUGGCUAUGAGGAUACGGAAGAUACUGCUGGUUGUUUUACACCCAAUCAUCAGUUGACUGAAGUUGAUAGAGCUCGUCUUAGUUCAUGCCUUGAUCAAAUGAGAGAAGUUUUGGCGGAGUCUGUACCAGACCAGGCAAUGGUGCAAGCAGUACUGGAUAGUAAAUUUGAUGUACAGAAGGCUUUAGAUCUUGUGCUUUCACAAGACAGUAAGCGAAAUUUGAAGACCAAGGAUGAGGAUGCUGUGAUUGUAAGAAAGACAACAAAAGGAGACUUACUUUGUUUUCCAGAAUUACUUACUAAUAAAAACUGUUUCUCUUGUGCAGUAGAAAAUGUUGACAGCUCCAACAAACCAGAGGUUGGAAAUUUCACAGCCAAAACUGAUUCGGCUUGUUAUUCCUUAAUUGCAAAUGACAAAAUGCUCCUUAAUGUUGGAAAAACUGGAAAAUCAAGGGAUUCCCAGUCAGCCAGAAUGGAAUCUGAAAUUGUGCCGAAAAUUACCAAAAUGACAGUGUCUGGAAAGAAACAGUCGAUGGGAUUUGAGGUUCCAGGUAUGAUUACUGAAGAAAAUGGCCAUGUUAACACACCUCAGAAAGGACUGCCAAUUGAAGAAGCCAGUGUAACUCCUGGGGUUCUUGAGGCAGUAUCAAAACCUGCUCUUUCAUCCCAAGUAGUGCAGGUUUCAGAAGAGCAGAAUACCGUGCCUACUCCAGUAAAAAAAACAAGCAAGACAAAACCACAAAUAGAUGUGAAAGCAGAGUUGGAGAAGAGACAAGGAGGAAAACAACUACUUAAUUUGGUGGUAAUAGGACAUGUUGAUGCAGGUAAAAGUACUUUAAUGGGUCACCUACUCUACCUCUUGGGGAAUGUGAACAAAAGAACUAUGCACAAAUAUGAACAGGAAUCUAAGAAGGCUGGCAAAGCUUCAUUUGCAUAUGCAUGGGUCUUGGAUGAAACUGGGGAAGAAAGAGAAAGGGGAGUAACAAUGGAUGUGGGUAUGACCAAAUUUGAGACGAAGACUAAAGUAAUUACUCUGAUGGAUGCUCCAGGCCACAAAGACUUUAUUCCAAAUAUGAUCACAGGAGCUGCACAGGCUGAUGUGGCUAUUUUGGUUGUGGAUGCCAGCAGAGGAGAAUUUGAAGCGGGAUUUGAGACAGGUGGACAAACUCGAGAACAUGGAUUAUUAGUGCGAUCUCUUGGAGUCACGCAGUUAGCUGUUGCAGUCAAUAAAAUGGACCAGGUCAAUUGGCAACAAGAAAGAUUCCAGGAAAUUACCAGUAAGCUUGGCCAGUUUCUUAAACAAGCUGGCUUCAAGGAAUCUGAUGUGGCUUAUAUUCCAACAAGUGGUCUUGGUGGUGAAAAUCUAGUCACAAGAAGUCAGUCAAGUGACCUCACAAAAUGGUAUCAAGGGAAGUGUUUGUUAGAGCAAAUCGAUUCUUUCAAGCCACCGCAAAGAUCAGUGGACAAACCGUUUAGAUUGUGUGUUGCUGAUGUUUUAAAGGUUGACCAAGGAUCAGGAUUCUGUGUGACUGGAAAAAUAGAAGCUGGCUAUAUUCAAGUUGGAGAACGACUUCUGGCAAUGCCUCCCAAUGAAACUUGCACUGCAAAAGGAAUCACACUUCACGAUGAACCGGUUGAUUGGGCUGCAGCAGGAGAUCACGUUAGUCUCACUUUGACCGGCAUGGAUAUCAUCAAAAUCAAUGUUGGCUGUGUAUUUUGUGAUCCCAAGGAACCUGUUAAAGUUUGCACUCGAUUCAGAGCUCGGAUUCUCAUCUUCAACAUUGAGAUUCCAGUCACCAAAGGAUUCCCUGUGCUUUUACACUAUCAAACAGUAAGUGAACCUGCUACUAUUAGAAGAUUGUUGAGCAUCCUGCACAAAAGCACUGGUGAAGUGACAAAGAAAAAACCUAAGUUCCUUUCUAAAGGACAGAAUGCUUUAAUAGAACUAGAAACUCAAAGGCCAGUUGCUGUAGAGUUGUAUAAAGAUUUUAAAGAGCUUGGGAGGUUUAUGUUACGCUACGGUGGUUCCACUAUUGCUGCAGGAGUUAUCACAGAGAUUAAAGAAUGACAGCGGUGCCUGGACUUCCACAAUCCAACCAAAAUGCAAUCAGAUAUCCAGACUUCUGUUUAAGAAUCCAGUUACUUCAGCUGAAGGAACAAGUGCAAUUUACUGGGGGGAAGAAGAUGGUCACAAAAGUUAGUUUGAAUUAGACUUCUGAGGGAACCUUUCAUCAGUCUCUCCCACUGCAGAACAAGAUGCCAACUGACAAGAAAUUGCUGAUGUUGCACUCACUGAUCAGAAGAGUCCAAGUAUUGCUCCAUGUGGAAUUUACCCGUUAAAGAGCCUGAUGGAAAAAUAUUAGGAAGUUGAAUGGGGGGAGGGAAAAAAGUGAUGAAUCAUCAUGAAGCAAACUCCUUCUAGACAUAAAUUGUUUACAUAUUUUCUUUGAUCUGCUUUUUUUGCUGCACAUUAAUUCAGUAAAGUAACUUUAUUGGUCUAAUAUAUUUUGAGGUUUGAGUUGAACGCAUAUUCAGGGUAAAACGAACUAUUUACUUUGGGUUCAAGAGAAUGGCAUGUAGUGUUGUACCAGGAUUUUUUUUUUUCCUGUCCCUAAAUUUAUUUAAAAGAAAAAAGAAGUUUCUUUUGCUGUGUCGUAGAAGUUGUGCCAACUCUGGCUAAUUUUAUUUUUUAAAAUGUAAGAAUAAUAAAAUAACUUAGAGCAUAA